UCGAUUCGUCCGUCCCCCGCGACUUGAUUGUGAUACGCGGGAGCGCGGAGUGCGACGCACUGACUGCUGUGCCGACUGCGGAGUUCAGACCGGCCAAACAGCCACAGCCAGUGCCCGUAAGUUCGUACGAUAGUGAACAGUGUCUUUACGCCGUGCGCAAAUCUCGUCUUUCCGAAAAAUCACUUUUUUCUACCUUUUUUCGCGCGCAUUUCGUCUACAUAAUGGCAGCUACUGAAGAACUUAGUGGAAUCCUAAUGAGGAGACAGGCCAUAAAUGAAAAAUUAGAGGAAGGUGUUGAGGUCAAGCCCAAAUAUAAAUUCGUGAACGUUUAUACCGAGUUUCACGAAUUCUCUAGGAAGGAAAUAAAACAAUACGAAAAUACGUUCAACAAAUUCGAUGAAGGUCAAGACGGGUUUCUGGACCUUACCGAAGUUAAACGUAUGAUGGAGCGCCUUGGAGCUCCACAAACACAUCUCGGCUUAAAAGCUAUGAUCAACGAAGUCGAUGAAGACGGCGACAACAAGAUUAGUUUUAGAGAAUUCUUGCUGAUUUACCGAAAAGCACGAGCGGGUGAACUUGAAUCAGACUCUGGAUUAGAAGCCUUUGCGAGAUUGACAGAAAUAAAUGUUGACCAAGUUGGUGUUAAUGGAGCAAAGAAUUUCUUCGAGGCAAAGAUUGAGGAACUUGCAAAAACGAAUAAAUUCCACGACGAAAUCAUUCAAGAACAGGAGGAAAAGCGCCGCGAGGCUGAAGAGAAGGCCAUGCGAAGGCAAAGGUUCAAAGAAAAAACAGCCGUAUUUCAACAGUAAUUAAGGCGUAAAGAUAAGUUGUUGUCUAUCUAGUCUGUAAGCUGUUACCACAUGGCUUUAGAAAUGUAAUCCAAUGUUAUAUAUAUAAAAGUCUAGGCAAAUAAUCAACAUUAAUGUUUGUCUAUAGUGUUUUAACUGCCUUCAAGUUUAGGCAUUUGUUUUAAUCAUUUAUUAUAAUAAAUUAAAGUAACAAAUCUUGUGUGUCAAAUUUAACGAUUAUUUUUUUUAGUUAUUGCUAAAUGUUAAAGAUUUCCUAACACACUAGAUGUAUUAUGUUAUAUUAGUAUAUUAAAAUAGUGUUAUCUAGGUGCGGUUACUGUUAAAAUGUUUUUAUUGCUUAAAGAGAGCAAUGUAAAUCUGUCUGACAUUAAAUCAGCUAAAAAUAAGAUCACUCACACAAAUCGUUGUUUGCAUGUUGAACAUGUAAAAACAGAUAUUUAAGUAAAUUGUGAUGGAAUGUUAAUUUUUAAAUAUAUUUAAAUAAACAUUUGUAUUAAAAGGCA